GUUUGCCUGCGGUGGGGGGCAGUUUAUAAUGUAUAACUGGACUAUCAUCCCAAGGGAAUUCACACCGCCGGUCGUGAAGAGCCGAAGAUCAACGAUAUUAAGGUAAUCCUGGAUGAGCCCACACCUCUGUCCCCCACUGUCCAGUCCAGUAUGAGGAGGCAAUGAAGGGGUAUCAUGUAAGCAGAAGCCUCUCCCAGCAGUCCGCUCCGGGGCCAUGCCACUGCAUACCAGAGGACUGUGACCCCCCCCCCGAAUACAUGCCUCUGUCCCCGGACCCUCGCGCCACUUUCAAACCCCACCAGGGGCUGGGGGACCACCACCACUACUACCCUCCUCCCACGGAGCUGAGCGGGGGCACCUUCCCUCGCUCGCUGCCCAGCCAGAGCUACGACACCUGUGAGGAAUGCCUGGCCUCUCACCACCCCCCUGCUUCUCUGCAGCUCGCACUGGGAGGAGGGGGGAAGAUCCAGCGCCUGCCCCCAACGCUGCUGGACCAGUUUGAGAAGCAGCUCCCCUUCCACCCCGAAGGCUUCCACACCCUGCAGUACCAGCGCGGUGCCAACAGGGAGCAGCGCAGCGAGAGCCCCGGCCGGAUUCGACACCUGGUCAACUCGGUCCAGAGACUCUUCGCCAAGUCCCACUCCCUGGAGGCGCCCUCAAAGAGGGAGUACAACGGGACGAGGGCGGGGCCGAGGGGAGAGGAGGGGUACCCCCCGGGCUCCCAGCACGACCCCCGCCAGCACAGGCGGAGCAAGAGCCGCGACCGCAAGGAGCUUCGGCAGCGCAGCAAAACAGCCGGCUGGUGGAGCUCGGAUGACAAUCUGGAAAGCGAUAGCGGCUACCUGGUGUCGGGGGCCAGGGACAGCAGGGCAGGGCCCCCGCCGGGCUCCGAAGGGUCGGACAGCGGCGCCCUGACCCUGAAGUCCCUCAAGGGGAAGGCGCUGCAGCAGCCGCAGGGGGAGUGCAUGGCUUGCACCAGCAUGGCGCUGGCAGGGGAAGGAGGGCUUUCCCUCAAGAGGAGCAACUGGCCAUCCCUGACGGUCAGCCAGGCUCAGGAGGGGUACCCCGGGUCCGGACUGGGCUACGACAAGGCACUGGUUCUGCACGAGCCCGGCAAGACCAAGGAGCAGGCUUACCACUUACUACAGGUUCCCUCGGACGAUUGGGGUGGGGGGUACCCCGCGGGGGCCAAGCUGGGGGGGGAGAUCCCGUGCCGGCGCAUGCGGAGCGGCAGCUACAUCAAAGCCAUGGGAGACGACGACAGCGGGGACUCUGAGGCAAGCCCCAAACCCUCCCCCAAGACCGGGGCGAGCGUGCAGAGAGAGGCCUUCCGACGCUCCGUCAGUAUGGACUACCGCAGCCCCUCCAGCAACUACUCCUCCUGUAAGCAGUGCUCGGACUACCCCAGCUGCACCACGCCCAAGGUCAACUUGAGGACACGCAGCUACAGCCGCUCCCUGACCGCCACGCAGCUCGGGGAGGCUCUGAUGCAGCGGCAGUUCGAGGGGAUGUGUGACUCUGUUUAUGGGGAGACCGAGUCGCAGGCUGUGGAUGCUCUGGACCUGCCCGGCUGCUUCCGCACUCGCAGUCCCAGCUACGUCCGCGCCAUCCAGGCCGGGGUCUCCCAGGACGACGACUGCCUGUCUGUCUUCAGCCUGUCCAACUCGCAGGGCCACGGCAAGACAGGCAACUUGUUCCCGUACCGCAAGCACCCCCCUCCACUCCCCCCUCGAAUCUCCAAACCCAUGAUCUCCAUCACAGCCCAGAGCAGCACAGAGUCCCAGCAGGACAGCUACCCGCCAGGCCAUCCCAAACCCCAACCCCACAGCAACUCAACGGAGAGCCUGGACGUGGGGCGCACCUCCCGAACCGCGGGCCGGGGCAGCAAACUGCACAGCAACUCAGCGGACAACCUUCUGGAGGGGGGCAGGGACUACCAGGGGACCCCCUCCUCCGGGCGCCCCAAACCACCGCACAGCAGCUCCGCGGACAGCGUGCUGGACAGGGCUUCAGCCACCCCCAAAAACAACAGCCUGAAGACGGCCGGAAGCCAGGAGCACAAGUCUGAGAGCAGGGGGAGGAAGUGGAGGCCGUCCAUCGCAGUGCAGGUGGACAGCUCAGACUCUGACUCGGAAAGCAAAGCCCUCAGGGAGUUCCACUCCAUCGGGGUGCAGGUGGAGGAGGACAGAAGACGGGCGCGGUUCAAGCGCUCAAACAGCGUGACGGCGAGCGUGCAGGCAGAUCUGGGGUGCGAGGGCGUGGCCACGGAGGACAAGGGGCUGCAGUUCGGACACUCCUUCCAGCGCCACUCCUCCGAGCCCGAGUCCAGGGGUCAGUACGGCGUGUACCGGACCGUCCACACGCAGGGCGAGUGGUCGUACCACGAGGGCUGGCAGCCCCUGGAGAGCGGCUGGAGCGAGGGGCCCCCCAGCCGGCCGGACGCGGAGCACUUUCUGAAGAGGCUGCAGGCAGAGGUGGAGCGGAUGGAGGGAUGGUGCCAGGCCAUGGAGAGAGAGGUGGAGGAGAGCGACCUGGGGGAGGAGGUUGUUGAGCUGGUCCGCUGUGCGGUGGGCAGUGCCCAGCUGCUGAUGACUCAGAAGAUUCAGCAGUUUUUCAGACUGUGCAAGCAGAGCUUGGACCCCUCUGCGUACCCCCAGCCCACUCCUCAGGACCUGGCUGGGCUCUGGGAUCUGCUGCAGCUCUCUAUCAAGGACGUGAGGCUCAAAUUCCAGGAGCUUCAGAGACUGAAGGACAGAGGCUGGAAAAUCCCAGAGAGGAAGGAGGAUAAGAAGAUUCCUUCUCUGUUACCAAAGAAGUCUGCAGGUGGUGUGAGCGGCAGUGCUGUCCCGAGUGUCAGUCUCAGCAGCUCGCUCAGUCUGGGAAGCCUCAACAUGGGAGGCAGCCUGGGGUCCCGGGCGGGGAAGGUGCUGCUUCCCCGGGACCGAUCCCUGGACCUGGUAGGGGACCGGCAGAGGCAGGAUGCCAGUCGGAGGCUACUAGCAGGCAAGCGCACUGCGUCCUUCCGGCAAAACUCAGCCACCGAAAGCGCUGACAGCAUCGAGAUCUACAUCCCUGAGGCCCAGACCAGGCUGUGAACCACGGAGCCACGAAGCCAGCCCAGCAUCGACACGCUCUCUCUCUCCCUCUCUCCCGCAGCCAACCAGCCUGCCCAGCUCGCUUUCACAUUUCAUUUCAUUCCGUGGUUUAUUUUAUUGUAAUUACGCCAGUGCAAAAAUGUUAUCUCAUUUCUUUUAAUUAUUUUUUUUGUUUCAAAACAAAUAAAUAAUGGUUUGCUCCAUUGAAAGCUUAGGAAAUUGGUCCAUUCACAGUUGCAACACAACUUACAGAGCAGUGAGCUGGGAGCUCAACCACGUUACUCCUGCUCCCCCUGCUGGACAUCCCAGCAAUGGACUUGCUACUGCAUCAAGCUGCUAAAACUGUACUGGACCUCUGGACAGCAGAGUACUAGAGCCAGGGUACUAAUAAAUCUUCAUAUUUCAAAAUGGAAGUAUAUUUUAUUACAAAUGACCGGCAAU